AAAUCCCUGUGCACAGCAAGUCUGCAUGUUUGCACACACUGAGCGCUGCACGCUGGAGACUGUAGUCCUGUCCAGUCAAGAGCCACAGCCUGUGGUGAUYACACAAAGUGGACAAGAACCAUGUACAGUAGCCCAGCAUGACUCUCCACCUGCGUACUUAUCCAGUGGCUAAUGGUAAUAUUAUCAGACAUUUAAAUGUUGUCUUGCAAGCUCUUUUUUCAUAGUUUAGUUUUAGUGGACUAGUUGUGGAUUUACUGUGUUUCAUCCGUUGGGUUUGAAUUUUAAAAAAAAGCUUCAAGGGCUUGCGUUAGACAUGCAGCUGGGUGGUCUGGUGCGUGGGCCCUCUGUGGCGCCACUGGGCCUGUUUUGUCGUGGUUGUCUCAGCAGUGCGCAGAACCGACCCAGUCGCAGUUUCAGUUCGUCAACCAGGCAGACGAUCAGGUGGAACAGUCAGGGGAACCUCAGCGUACACUGUCCCGAGGAGAACCCCCGUGUCCUUAUCACAGGUGGUCUGGGGCAGUUAGGUGUGGGACUCGCUCAGAUGUUAAGGAACCAGUACGGGACAGAGAAUGUGAUCCUGUCAGACAUCAAGAAGCCUCCACCUCAUGUUUACACCAGUGGCCCAUUUGUGUAUGCUGACGUUCUGGACUAUAAACACCUCCGAGAACUGAUAAUAAAUAAUCGUAUAACUUGGCUGAUUCACUACAGCGCUUUGCUCAGUGCCGUGGGUGAAGCUAACAUAGCUUUAGCGCGGAAGAUUAACAUCACAGGUCUGCAUAAUGUUCUGGACUUGGCUCUGGAGAACUGCCUUCGCCUUUUCGUCCCCAGCACCAUCGGAGCGUUUGGACCCUCUUCUCCUCGUGACCCGGCCCCUGACCUUUGCGUGCAGCGCCCGAGGACCAUCUAUGGUGUCUCUAAAGUGCACGGAGAGCUGAUGGGGGAGUAUCUUCAUCAUAAAUACGGAUUGGACUUCCGCUGCCUGCGUUACCCUGGAGUGAUUUCAGCCAACACACCUCCUGGAGGAGGAACGACGGAUUAUGCGGUUCAAAUCUUCCACGAUGCUCUCAGCACAGGCCACCACAUGUGCUACUUGCGACCAGACACCCGGCUUCCCAUGAUGCACAUCUCCGACUGCCAUCGUGCCACUGUAGAGUUCAUGCAGACCCCUGAGUGCCGGCUGUCGUUGCGCACCUAUAACAUUGCUGCCAUGAGCUUCACCCCAGAGGAGUUGGCCCAAGAGAUCCGCAAACAUCUCCCGCACCUUAAGGUCACCUACAAUCCAGAUUCUGUGCGCCAGACAAUUGCAGACAGCUGGCCCGUGAGAAUCGAUGACUCCAACGCCAGGAGGGACUGGGACUGGAAACCGGCCUUCGGGCUCGAGGAGCUGGUGUCAGAUAUGCUGAGCUCUGUUCGAGAAAAGAGGACCAGAGAGGGGCUUCCAGUCAGCUAGCAAAACUUUCUGAUGCAAGAAUCACUCAUGGAUUUAUUUUUUCGGUCUGUUUUUACCAACGGUUUUCUCUCAUUUGAUUUAUAUUAAGCGUCAGCCAGUAUCCUGUGGUUUUUUUUUUUUUUUUUGGCUGAUUAAUCUUCCAGGGAUGAACUGUAAAUAAAGAGUUUUCAGUCAGAAUUUUUUAACAGACAGUUAGACAACAUUUACACAACAUCUACAUUUUUCAGUCUUUUUCACAGAAUCAUAUACUGUUAAAUCUUGAGUUUAGUUGUAUUUAUUUGUUAUAAGCAGCAUUUUACAAACAAAAAGGUUGUCUUGUUGAAAAAAAUAUUUUUUGGAUUCUGGGAGAUUUCAUUAUUUCAUAUCAUGUUAUUCUGGUCACAACCCUCUGUAACAAUGUAUAACAAUAUGGAGCAGCAGCACAAUUGGAAAAACAAAGUAAUCUGGAAUCACUCUGAAUUGUAAAUACUCUAUAUUCUACAUGUCUYAUAAAACAUCGUUUUGUAAUAUACAAGAGUCUACAAAAUGAAAAAAAAAACACUCAUACUCUGGCAUUUAACACAAAGCCUUUAUUCAAUCUGCUUUUAAAGCAGUGUCACUUUGAUUAAAAGUAAAAAUAAAUAUUAGCUUAAAUAUUAUCUGAAUGUAAAUGUUCUGUUUACCAAUGCAGUGUACAUAUAUUGUACUAAUGAUUAUAAAGGAUUUAGCAUAAGUAAAAUGGAAAAAAAAGUUUUUGUUUGAAAAAAAUAUUUACAGAAUUAAGUCAUACUUUGUUUUACAUAUAUAGAUUCAUGAUCAAGAAAUAACUAAAGGUUGUAUGAAACCACCUGACAUGUAAAAAUAAAAUUUAUCAGCCAAUGCUCUUAA